AUGAUGGCGAAGGGCCUAGACACCUCAGACGAAGACGCGGACGACGCCGCGGACGAAGCCGCGGCGUCCGCGGCGAAAGCAGUGGAUGCGCCGACGCGGGUGCCGGGGAGCUCGACGUUUGCGUCUUUGCCGGCGGAGGAGGUUGAGGAGCCAUUGCCCCGAGACCCCCUCAGCAUGCUCAACGGCAUCCACCGUGUGGUGCUGGCGGCGGGUCUGUCGAAGGAUCUCUCGCUGCCCAUGAUCGCGGUGAUGGGCUCCCAGUCGGUGGGGAAGACCUCGGUGCUGGAGAGCCUCGUGGGCCGAGACUUCCUGCCGCGGGGCAGCGGCAUCGUCACCCGCCGGCCCCUGGUGCUGCAGCUCCACCACUCCGAGGGCGCCCAGGAGUGGGCGGAGUUUCAGCACAAGCCCAAGGUGCAGCUGGGGCUCUCAGAGGUGCGCCGGGAGAUCGAGCUGGAGACCCAGCGCUUGUGCGGGGCCCACCAGGUCAGCGACCAGCCCAUCCUGCUGAGGAUCUUUUCGCCCACGGUGAUGGACCUGACCUUGGUGGACCUGCCUGGCCUGACCAAAGUGCCUACGGCCGACCAGCCCAAGGACAUCGCCAAGCAGAUCCGCUCUCUCGUGCGGCAUUAUGUAGCCCCAAAGAGCACCAUCAUCCUGGCGGUCUCCGCCGCCAACGUGGACCUGGCCACCUCCGACGCGCUGGCCUUGGCGAGGGAGGUGGACCCAGCGGGCGAGCGCACGCUGGGGGUCCUCACCAAGUUCGACUUGGCGGAGGGCUCUGCGGUGGAGGCGCUGCUGGGGGAGACCUACCCCUUGCGCCUGGGCUACACCGCAGUGGUGUGCCGCAGCGAGCAGGACAGCCAAGCAGGCAAAACUUUCGAGGAGGCGCUGAAAAGCGAGCACGACUUCUUUGCGCGGCACGUGCGGCUACAACCGCUGCAGGCGCAGUGCGGCAUCCCGAAUUUGGCCCAGCGGCUGAAUCUGCUGCUGCUGGAGCACAUCAAAGCGGCCCUCCCCAGCUUGCGCAGCGACAUGCAGCAACUCGCGGACGCCUGCAGGGAGGAGUUGGAGAGCCUGGGCGACGAAAGCCUGGAGCGCAUGGGCGAGGGUCCCUACCUGCUGCACCUCAUUUCCGGAUACGUCCGGAACUUCUGCGAUCUCCUGGAGGGCCGGGGCAAGGAGAGGGACACUUCCACGAAGCUGGUGGGCGGGGCGCGGAUCCACCACAUCUUCCACCGGAGCUUCCAGCAGGCGGUGCUGGAAUUCGACGCCUUCAGCGGCUUGUCCGACAUGGACAUCCGCGUGGACAUGAGGAACGCGGCGGGUCCGAAGCCGCAGCUCUUCGUGCCGGAGGUGGCCUUCGAGCGGAUGGUGAAGCGACAAAUCCAGAAGUUGGAGCACCCCGCGCUGGAGUGCGUGACUUUGGUCUUUGAAGAGCUGAAGCACCUGGCGUCGCAGGCGGAGUGUUGGGAGCUGCAGCGCUUCCCGGGGCUCCGGGAGAAGAUGCUGGAGGUUGCCAACGGCGUGAUCAAGCGCUGCUAUCAGCCGGCCACCAACAUGGUGUCCAACCUGAUCCGCAUCGAGCGGGAGUUCAUCAACGUGGACCACCCCGACUUCAUCGGCGGCCUGGGGGCCAUGUCCUGUGUGCAGAGCGGGGAGGAGACCGGAGCUUCCGCCGCUUCCGCGCCAGAGCCGCCGGUUCUGUCGCCGGCGCUUCCGGCUGCGUCGUCCGCGUCACAGCCAGACGAUGUGAUACGGCUGCCUCCAGUGCCGCUGGUGGUGAUGCCGGCAGGCGCCCCGUCGGAGAAGGACGGCAUGGACACAGAGCUGCUAAAGAGCCUGCUGCUGUCCUACUUCACUAUCGUGAAGCGGAAGCUCAUCGACUCCGUGCCCAAAACCAUCAUGCACUUCAUGGUCAAUGCUACCAAGGACUGA